UGGAGACAUACCCUCGCUCUUUUUCUCCCAAUUCUGCGGUGUACGACACAACGAAAGGAUACCCUGGUCUGUCACCUACAUGUGACUGUGCCUUGCAUCUUCAAGCCCAUAGCAUGAACGGCAAUCACAACCAACUGCAUGACUGAAUGGCACUCUGCUAACUAGUUCGCGGCUGUUCCUGAGAGGCUAUUCGCUCCUGCAAAACCCCCUAGAAGGGUCCUAGCUGUCCUCGCCCUAUAGCGCGAAACCUCACGACUCCCAAUGGAAAUCGUCACGUCCAUCACUGGGAAUCACACUGCACGACCCAUCACAGCUUUGGGAGAAAACUCGAGACCGACUCUUUUUCACUCAUGAGAAAUAUUACUCUGCCCCCUCCCCCCGCUUACUUUGGGGCUUGAUAUCGUGACUCAAUCCUUCGGGCCCAACAUGCAUUCACACGCUUCGGUUGGAUGCCUGUGAAUGGGCUUAAUUAUGCUGAUCGUGAGUAGUCUCACCUUGAUCAGCGAGUGAAUUGAUGGGUUGGAGUAUUAUAAAAGGUAGGGUAUAUCCUCCGUGGUGGUGACUGGUAGCAAUCAGAUCCUCCAUGACCAUCUUUGAACACACUUUGAGCUGGCCUCAAUCACAAGUCUUUUACUCUAUUUAAUCACCCAAGAUACCCAAUACCCAAUACCCACAGUACAGACCGUUCAACUACUUCAAGAUGAAGUCCUUCUCCCUGAUCACUCUCUUUUGCACCCUGGUCACUGCUGCAGUCAUCCCUCGAGAUACUGUCUUUGACGGCCACUGCUGCUUCACUCUACAUGACGUAGCCAACGAUGCAGCAGUGCAAGAAAACAGCAAUGGAAACUUGCUCCUCAAUGCUGGCAGCACCAGUGGCUUCUUCUGCAUUGACCUGUCCAACUCGCAAAACAUUCUGCGAGACCGCUCUUUCAAUGCCUGCUUCCUGAACCCUAGCGGCGAGGUUAAAUGCGUCGACCCAACACCCGGCUUUGAGUCUUGGACCUUGAAGAAGAGCGGCAGCAACACUCUUCUCCACCGCGACGGUGCAACCGCUUUCAACUCAUGCUCCAAGACUUCAACAAGUUCAAAGGGAACGGUGCUAUUUGGCGACAAGCACACUGGUGCUUCGACGUGCAAGAAGACUACACUCAAGGUGAAGAAUUUGAAGGGGACAUGCAAGAACUUUUGAGGUGGUGACCAAUUGGUUGGAUGUUUUUCGGUAUUCAAAUUCUCGACUAUCAAGUCCUACUUUAGCAGUUUAUUCUUAAUAGUUAAAAUUCAAGCAUAGAAGCUCA